AUUCUGAUUUUUUUUCUCCUUACCGCAGGUUCCACGCACCUGUACCACAGCAUCAUAUGCGAAAACCUCGCCGCUUCUUCGUCUUUUCCUCCUCCUUCUUCCAUCCUAAGGGGCAAGACGCUCGACAUGUUUCUACCCAUCGACUGAUCUCAGUGAUUGUGCCUGCGGUGGAAGAUUGGUCGCUCCUCGGACAGAGUCCAUUAACGCUGAGCGUCCUGUUCAUGGCUGCCGAGCGGAGACAAGCAGAUGUGGGAGUGCCAACAACAGCUGCGCACUGACGGGGAGUCUAGUUCAGGGAAAGCGAGAUAAAGUGGACACGGAAGCCGCGACACAAAAGAAAUAACCUGAAGAUAUUAAAGACAACAGUGGCUUCUUUGAUUGUGGAGCUGCGCAUACCUCAAUUAAUCAGCGGUCUCGGUCUCCAGCUGCUGCCACAGGUUUAUGGUCCUUUGUAUGCGCCCCCUUUAUCCACCAUCUGUGUUUCCUGGGCAACCGAGAACCGUGUGCAGGCACCACCAGUUAAAGCACUGCAACCACCUCCAAUCAAGACGCACCACAUAUAUGUGCCGCAACUUAAUGUUAUUUGUCUGUCUUAAUCAUCAACCGAUUUUUUUUCCAGCUAAAUAACAUUUAUUUCGUUCUGCUUCUUGUCUUGGCCAAGUAAGACUCACUUCAAGAUUAUCAUAUCCAAAGAAAUUUCACCAUUUCACCAUUUGUCUUAACAUAGAUAGAAGAUCUGUAAAUAAAAUAAUGAUAAAUCUACUCAAAAUACAAGCGCAGGAAAAGUGUAAGCUGCCGUUAAAGUCUCUGCAGUAGAGCAGCUGAAUGAAAUUUAAUAAGCUGAGAAAAUACAGAAUACUGUAACAAUAAACCAAAACAGAUAUGUUGAGGAAAACUGAGAGCAGCUUCACAAAACGUGCAAAAGAGUUUCUGUAAGUUCUGUUUUAGUAAAGAAAGAAAAAUAACUGCACGAAAAUAAAUAAAUAAAAAGAGGGAGACAAAAAGAAGAGGAAGGUGUGAAUUUUCUGGGGGUUAUUACAGUGACUGUACAGCAGACUAGCCCUUCACACUGGCGACAGAGCACAGUAAACGAGCUUCACAAGGCACUAGCUUCCAUAAAAAAAACAUAUCUUAUUCUAUCUCUAAAAUUUUUAAAAGAGACAAUAUGGCUGUUGUGUGCAUUUUGUGAUAUGGAUCAAGCAUAAAUGAAAUGUAACAGUCCAAUCUACACCACUUGUGAUGUAAGCCACUAUUUCUAAUUUUAUUAUUUAUGGUCUAAUGGUGCUUUAUGUGCAGGUGAUAGAUUGAUCUGAUGGGUCCAGUGUUAAUCUUCUCAACAAUCAGGCCACAAACAGCCAAUUUUAUGCACCUCCAUCUGCUGAUUUUGACUUAUUAAUGCAAAUGUACAGCAUGGGCCAGCAACACAUUUGUUGUUAUAGCUCAGUUUUGACACUGAAAAUUAAAAUCUUAAUAUCUUUCUUCUUACAAUGAAUUGCUGAUGCUAAAAACAACAUCCAGCUGGGGGCGACAAGCAUUUGCGCUCACACAAAAUUGGCCUUCUUCGGCUGCCAUACUUCUGACUGUUUCAAUAUGGUUUGUAUGUUUCAUUGGCGCAAUUCUGCAACGCAAGAAACGAAACAACGGUGAGGUUUCUUGGCAUUUAUGCAUCUGUCGGGUUUGUCAGGCUUGUGCCGAAUCACCGAACAUCUCUAUCUGAGUAAUGUCAGAGCGGCUAACGACCCUUGCCAGGUGACGAUGAACGGCAUAACCUGCAUCAUCAACGUUACUGAGACCAAAAGCUGCUCUCCUCCUCCGGGGAUAGAGUACAUCCACAUCCCGGUCUCUGACUCCCCGUGGUCUCCUCUCAGGGACCACUUUGACGAUGUCGCAGACACAAUACAGGUUACAGCUGAGCGCCGCGGCCGCACGUUGGUGCACUGUAACGCCGGUGUGAGCCGCUCCGCCGCCCUGUGCAUGGCUUACUUGAUGAAGCACCGCGGGGCGACCCUCUUGGAGGCCCACAACUGGGUGAAGAACUGUCGUCCCAUUGUGAGGCCGAAUAAUGGGUUCUGGAAGCAGCUCGUCCAGUAUGAGACGCAGCUUCGUGGAUGCAACUCUGUCCGCAUGGUGUCCUCUUGCAUAGGAGAGAUACCUGACAUUUAUGAAGAGGAGACCCGGAAUAUGGUGCCUCUGUGAAGAGACAUUUGUGUGUAUUGAUAAUAAAUUGUGCUGACGUCUGCUCGCGUUAUCCAUAAGCAACUUCAUUGUCAAGGAAUGACAGGAAUGUGUCCCCUCGGAGCUUCAAUAGCCUCAUAGUGAGCAGUGUGGGAAUUUCAUAAAGUUUAUAAUUGUAUCUAAAAAUCUUCUCCAAGUUAGAAGAUGUUCAAAAGUACCCAUGUAUAUUAAUUUGUUUAUGUGUGCUUUUUUUCCAUUAAAAAAAACAUUUGCUUAUUGU